UUCGUUCGUUGUUCGAUCGUUUCUUUGGGAGGUGGCAAAUAUGUUGGAGAGAGCCGAUGAUAAAAGUUCUUCUGAGAAGAUCAAGAAGCAGACGCAUCUUUACAUGCAGGAUAGGUCGAUGAAAUGUAUACCCAAGUUGUCCUCGUACGAAAAUCUUUGCGUGGUGUAUUUGCACGGCAACAGGAUAGAAAGCAUCGAGAAUUUGGAUGCUGCCGUCAAUUUGACCAGCCUCUAUCUGCAAAACAACCAGAUAGAGAAGUUGCAGAAUUUAGGCACAUUCCGCAGGUUGAAGAAACUGCACCUGGGUCACAACAGGAUCAGCGUCGUUGAGAAUUUGUCGGGUUUGGACAAUCUUCAGGAGCUACAUCUGGAGAAGCAACAGCUUCGAAAAGGGGAAUGUCUAUGUUUCGAUCCUAGAUCAAUUACGGAUAUUUCGAGUACGUUGCAAGUGUUGAACAUUUCUCAUAACUGCAUUAAGUCGAUAAAAAUUUUGAAUCCUCUGAAGAGUGUGCGCGUGUUCAACGCCAGUCACAACAAGUUGGACGACAUUGAGGACAUCCUAAAGACGGUACAGCAAUGGUACUAUUUGUACGAGGCUUCUUUCACUGGGAAUCCCGUUGCCAAGAGGCACAAGUAUAGGGAGAACAUAAUUGCGAGAACCGUGCGCUUAGAGCUGCUGGACAAGAAGGAAAUUAACGAGACGACGCGCUGCUUCAUCAAGAGGUUGGAGCGCGUCACCAAGGUGUCGCCCAGCGUCAAUUUGGCAGAUUUGCAUGACCUCCCAAAGAACUAUCCGCAUCCCUUGCAGAAGGCCGUCUCCUGUUCAAUCAUCCAGAAAGGAUUGUCGGUGUUAGGUAAAUGCAAUGCGGACGACGAAUAUGUCCCAUGGCAAGCGCUGCCGCAGAGCCUCAAGAAAAAGAAGGGCGUUCCUGGUGAAAGGAAGAAUAUUGCAGCAGCCCUAGGUGGGAAUGGUCAAUUUAAAUUGGGAAAUAUGUGA